CAUAAUAAUCACGCAAAAGAAAUCGUGAAAACAAUUGACUUGAAACCUUUUGAUGCCAUUAUCGUUGUUAGCGGAGAUGGAAUUGUUCAUGAAGUUAUAAAUGGACUGUUAGAGCGCGAAAAUAUAAAUGAUGCAACAAUUCCAAUUGGCGUAAUUCCUGCAGGUUCUGGAAAUGCCUUAAACAUUUGUAUACAUGGGGAAUCUAUCUGUAAAAGUCUCCAACAUUCGGCUCUAACCAUAAUUAAGG